AUGGCAGAGUCCAACGGCACCGUCAAUGGCAACGGCACCCAUAAAGCACAUGGAGCAAAUCCCUCCAAAGAUCAAAAUACUGAUCCCUCGUACAUAGUCCCUCUUCACCUCCCUGGCAGUCACUCCACGCCAGGACCAACAACAUUUCCCGUGAUCUCCCCAAAGACCUCCACCACAAUAUGGCACUCCGCCUCAGCCUCCGUCCCCCACGCCAAUGCAGCCAUCUCCUCAGCAUCCACCGCCUUCCCCUCAUGGCGGGCCUCCUCUCCUCAAACCCGGCGCUCCAUCUUCCUCAAAGCCGCGCACAUAAUGCAAACCCGCUCCUCAGAACUCGAAUCCUACAUGAUCGAAGAAACAGGCGCCGAACCCUCCUUUGCAGCCUUCAAUACAACAACCUCCAUCGCCUUCCUCGAAGACGUAGCCGGCCGCCUCCUCUCCAUCCUCACCACCACCUCGCCCAUCUGCCAAGACCCCACGCGCCGCGCCCUGAUCCUCAAAGAACCCUUCGGCGUAACCCUCGGCAUAGCGCCCUGGAACGCGCCCUACAUCCUCGGCAUCCGCGCCGCGUUGUCCGCGCUCGCGGGGGGCAACACCGUAGUGCUCAAAGGCUCCGAACUCUCCCCUCGCUGUUUCUGGGCGAUCGGCUCCAUUUUCCGCGAAGCUGGCCUUCCGGACGGGGUGCUGAGUGUGAUAUACACGCGGCCCGAAGAGGCAGCUGCGGUGACGAACGCGCUGAUUGCGCAUGCGGCAGUGAGGAAAGUGUCGUUUACGGGGUCGACGGCGAUAGGGAGGGUGAUAGCUGAGCAGUGCGGGAGGGAACUGAAGCCUUGUUUGCUGGAGCUGGGGGGAAAGGCGCCAGCGAUUGUGUGCGCGGAUGCGGAUUUGGAGGUUGCGGGGCGGGAGGUGGUUCUGGGGGCGUUGUUGCAUAGUGGGCAGAUCUGUAUGAGUACGGAGAGGGUGCUUGUGCAGGAGGGGGUGGUGGAGGAGUUUAAGAAGGUGGUGAGGGAGAAGGUGGAGCAGAUGUUUGGGGGAGUCGAGGGAAUGGUGUUGGUGGGGAGUAAGGGGGUAGAGAAAAAUCGGAGCUUGGUAAAGGAUGCGCUUGGGAAAGGGGCGAGAUACGUGAUCGGCGCACUGGAAGAGGAAAAAGGUGAAGUCACGAGGAUGAAGCCAAUUAUUCUGGAUGGAGUCGGAGAGGAAAUGGAGAUCUAUCGAACGGAAAGUUUUGGGCCGACGUUGUCAAUCUUGACGUAUCAAGAUGAGGUUGAGGCUGUCAAGAUCGCGAAUGAUAGCGAAUACGGGCUGAACUCUGCUGUCUUCACACGAGAUCUUGCAAAGGCGAUAAGGUUAGCAGGGCAGAUUGAGGCAGGUGCUGUACACAUCAACUCGAUGAGCGUACAUGAUGAGCCAAAUCUUCCACACGGUGGUGUGAAGAAGAGUGGCUGGGGAAGAUUCAAUACCGACAAGGGGAUCGAGGAGUUUCUUGUAACCAAGACUGUCACAUGGAAAGAAUGA